AUGGCGCCGCCUGCACUGCUCCGCCGCCAACGGCCGCGCCACCGCCCCUCCUCCCACCCGACGCGCAGGUUUCACGCUGCCCCGCCGGACCGACGCCCGCCGAGGUGCACCGCCGCAAGCCCGAGGGACCCCGCGCCCCCAUCUUCGCGGCGGGUAGAGUCAGCCUGCCGCCGCCGGCACCGCGCGGGCAACGCCCGGCGGCACACGCCGACGGCGGCGACAGGGGAGGGCGGAGGAGGGAAGCUGGGGAGUCUUCUCUCCGCAGCUGCAAGCCUGCAACGCAUCUGGCCACCACUUUGGCUGCGGCUCGGUGGUGACGCCGACGGCGCACGGCGGCUGCUCGGUGGAAGGAGGGAGCGCCUUGGUGGCGGUGGAAGACACGUCGCAGCCGCAGAUCGAUAUGAAGAUGGACAUUGCGGUGUUCCUCUCAUCCUAUGCCAGGCUUGCCUCCUCCCCCUCAAGCCCCCAAUUUUCAAGUGCGAGACGGCCGGUAACAUCGUCUGUUCCUUCUGCCGCGGCGGCCAUGGCGACACAUGCAGCCGCGCGGACACCCGCUGCGGCGAGCUGGACGCCUUCGGCCUUCCUCGAAGCCGCCAAGGUGCGCUGCCGUACAGGCAGUUCGGGUGCGACCGUUACGUCGUCUACCACGGCGCCGCGGAGGGACGGGAGCACCAGCACGCGUGCCCCUGCGCACCCUGUUCCUUCCUCUCUCCUAAGUCCUGCCAACACCCAUACCAGCCCGCACGGCCGCACCUAUCGUUCUUCUGCAGCAUCAUCGCCUCCCCUCCUUCCUUUCUCCCGCCUACCUCCAUUGCAGACCUCGCUUCUCAGCACCAGGACUCGAGUAAGUCAUCUCUCCGCGGCAGCGGCGGAUCUGGCUACUCCCAACUGCUCCCAGUCCUCAUGUAGCCUUGUAGAUACAGCAUCCCCGACGCGACGCCCUUGAUGAUGCGGAACCUCUGGCCUCAGCUCAGGAGCAUCUUCGUCUGGUCGUACAGGUGCUUGUCGAGGCUGCCGUGAGCAUGUGGUCGUACACCAGGAGGAGCUCGCCCUUGCGCCGGCAGUAGCCGUCUAGCCGAGCAGCUGCACGAGGUUGCGGUGCCGGAGCCGGCCGAUGGUCACCACUUCGGUUAUGAACUCCUUAUCCCCAUCGUGUAGUAUUGAUCUGUGUCCUGUAGUGCUAAUGUAUCCAAGCUGUACCUCUGAUGUUCUUAGCAGCUAGCAAUGAAAAAUAUAACUGAAUAUGUAUGUGUUUCAGCUUAUAGUGUUAGCAUCUACUGUAUGUUCAGUGCCAUCUUGUACUGAACUGGUUUCAGUCGCGUACCCGAUUUUUCUUCAGUGUAGAGGACUGGUCUGUUCCAGCUUGUAGUGUUACCAUUUUUGCCUAGUUUAGAGCUAUCUUGUACAUCACUGUUUGCAGCAUGUAUCCAUCUUGCUCGAAUUUUAGGAUCAAUGCCAUCGUGUGCAUCACUGGUUGCAGCAUGUAACCAUCUUGCUCGAAUUUGGGGAUCAAAGCCAUCUUGUAUCACAUUUUGU